AUGAGCGCCAAGGGAUACGGCAUCAGCGACACCAAGAACUGGACCGACUUCAAGAUCCACGAGUACGAGCUCAAGACGGCCCAGGAUGACGACGUCGACAUCGCCAUCACCCACUGCGGCGUCUGCGGCAGCGACGUACACACCAUCUCGGGCGGCUGGGGCCCCCUCAACGUCAAGACCGUCGUCCCCGGCCACGAGAUUGUCGGACACGUCACAAAGGUCGGCAAGAACGUCAAGGACAUCAAGGUCGGCGACCGCGUCGGAGUAGGCGCGCAGGUCGGCUCCUGCAUGUCGUGCUGGCCCUGCAAGAACGACAACGAAAACUACUGCACCGGCGACGGCAAGGGCGGCGUCGUCGACACCUACAACGCCACCUACCCCGACGGCAGCAUCGCCCAGGGCGGCUACUCGACCGCCAUCCGCGCCCACCAGCAGUUUGUCUUCCCCAUCCCCGAGGGCAUCAAGUCGGAGCACGCCGCACCCAUGCUCUGCGGCGGUCUCACCGUCUACUCGCCCCUCGUCCGCAACGGCGCUGGUCCCGGCAAGAAGGUCGGCAUCGUCGGCAUCGGCGGUCUCGGACACUUCGGCGUCCUCUUUGCCAAGGCCCUCGGCGCGGACGUCGUGGCCAUCUCGCACUCGCCCAAGAAGCGCGAGGACGCGCUCAAGAUGGGCGCCUCGCAGUUUAUCUCGACGGCCGAGGAGCCCGACUGGACGACCAAGUUUAAGGACGACCCCUUUGACCUGAUUGUCAACACCGCCUCGUCCAACGCCAUCGACCUGCCCGCCAUCCUCUCGACGCUCAAGACGCAGGGCAAGCUGAUCGCCGUCGGAAUGCCCGAGGACGUGUUCAAGAUCCGGAUCCAGAACCUGGCGGGCAACGGCUGUCUGCUCGGCUCGUCGCACAUUGGCUCCAAGACUGAAGCGCUGGCGAUGCUUAAGCUGGCCGCCGAGAAGAACGUCGAGCCGUGGAUUGAGCUGAUCCCGAUGAAGGACUGCGCCAAGGCCGUGCAGCGCGUCGAGGACAACGACAUCCGCUACCGCUUUGUCCUCGAGCAGGACAUUGAGAAGAACUAG